AUGGGUAGGGACAAUGAGCCGGUUGAUUCUAUGGAGAUUGACAGCCAGAAGCAGCAACAGCUAGAAGCCCUCACUGCUGUACCAGAGGGGUUCAGCGCUGACUAUCUCCGAAUCUACUAUGAUGGAAAGCACCCUGGAUGCGAUCAGUCAUAUGUUGGACGUCGGGAGUUUUCACUUACACUGGAGGAUGACAUCUACCUGCGCUUCCAAUCUUUUGAUAAUGCUACUGAAUUGGAGAGUUCUAUUAAGGAGAAGUGCCCUUUCAAGAUUGAUAGUGGACCUAUCUACAGUGUAGAUCCUUCAAAGCGUCAUGCUUACGCCCAAUCUGGCAAUAAUGUCUUUUUACCAGUGGAAAGGGAACUAAUUUUUGACAUUAUGAUUUUGGUUUCAAUCACAUACUCUGGGUAUACAGUGGCCGUCGUGGUGUCCAUUGCUGGGUCUGUGAUAGCAGAGCAAGAAAAUGUUGCUAGUGAGCUCCAUGACAAGUGGCAGGGAAAUAGACGAUCUUCUCUUUCAAAGGAAGAUGUCAAUGCAACCAGAUGGGAUAAAUUGAAGACGACUUUACAGUCUGGAAAGCACAAGGCUCAGGGGCUUCGUAGAUGUGUGGAAGAGAUUGUCUUCUCAUACACAUAUCCUAGACUUGACAUGGAGGUAUCAAAGCACAUGAAUCAUUUACUAAAAGCUCCCUUUUGUAUACAUCCAAAAACAGGUUGUGUUUGUGUUCCAAUUGAUCCCAAUAACUGUGAUGAAUUUGAUCCUGCAGCCGUUCCAACCCUAUCACAGGAGGAACUGGAAAGUGCAUACAAUGCAAAACUCCUACAAUCCAAGAAUUCUCUGAACUGGUAA